AUUUGUAGAUCCCUAGUUUAUCAAUGUCAGAUUUUUCCUUUCCUUGUAAAAAAGUUAAAAAUUAUUUUCCUUGUUUUAUUUUUUAAAUAAAGUACACUGCGAUUUGUACAGUUAACCACAAAAUUUGAAAGACAAAUGAAAUAGCAACAAAAUCAUGUGAAAAUAAUGCACAAUUUGCUCAUCCCAUAUGCGCAAACACACAAAACGAAAUAGCGAAAUUGCAUUGCAUACUGCUGCUGCUGUUGGACGGACAGACAGUCACUGGAAAUAAAUUGUUACUGUGGGUUAUUGCUCCUCCUCGCGGUCCGUGUGUAGUGAACGAAAGAACAUAACAAAGGAACCACCGAAAUUGCAAUAGGACUAAGGAAUACAAACAACCCAACAUACCCAAUACCCACUCUGUGUAUAUUGCCUUCUUUGACCUUUAGUUAAUAAGAAGACAAGAAAGAAAUCGGAAACCCCAAAAAAAACCAAUGAAUAAAUCGCAGCAAUGCCGCCGCCGCUGUGCAUGUUAAUUUAUAUAAUCUAAACAAACAAAUAAGCGGCUAAUGAGAAUCUUUCGUGUGUGUGUGUAUGUGUUAAUAAAUGUGCAAACAUACUUGUAUAUACUCUGUAUAGUAGAUUGUAAUAAUACCUUUGAAUAUUUCGAGAAAAACUAAAUUUGGGAUCGCAGCAACUCUCCUCCAACAGGCAGUUGUCAUAUGUGAAACACAACAACAAUUAAACGAAGAUAGCAAUACCAAAAAAAAAUCAUAUUAACAUUUGUGUCAAGAAUACAACAAAAACAACAACAAGUACCAAAGUUUCCUUAUCUAGUGCAAGGCACUGUGGCCCCUAACAUUACUUACAACUAGGGGCAAAAAUUCUUUCAAAUCCCCUACCAAAGCCUAACAUUGAUAGGUUUAUUUGUGUGCCAGUGCUAGUGUGUGUGUGUGCCAGUGACUUGAAAAGGGUAUUAUUAGGUGUCUUCACUAACGACAAGCUUACAUUAGCUUUUAUACCAACAACGACGACAACGGUGUCGCCGACUAGUCAUCCUAACAAAUCAGCUGAUUGGUGUGCCUCAUAGGGUGGUGGUGGGUUGACAACUUACACACUCUCUCUCACUCUCCCUUUUUGUCAAUCAGCAGAUCUUAAUAAUCGACCCAUCAAUAAACUCCAUGGCCAACACAACAGCAACGGUGUCAUCGUCAUUUACCCACAUUGCUAGUGGUACAAUGGAGGGCACUCUCAGCAAAUGGACAAAUGUCAUGAAAGGAUGGCAAUAUCGUUUCUUCGUCUUGGAUGAAAAUGCCGGCCUCUUAUCAUAUUAUACGUCGAAGGAGAAAAUGAUGAAAGGCGUGCGGCGUGGCUGUGUUAGACUGAAAGAUGCCGUCAUUGGCAUUGACGAUCAAGAGGAUAACACAUUUACCAUUACCGUAGAUCACAAGACUUUUCAUUUUCAGGCCCAACACAGUGAGGAGCGUGAAAAAUGGGUGCGACGUUUGGAGGACACCAUUCAACGUCAUGCGAAUCGCAGUCGUAUGUGGGAAAAUCAAAGCGCCUUCUACCUCGGUGGCUAUAACAAAGAUUUGACAAGUAGGCGAGCAAACUAUUUGGAAAUAUUUGGUCGUCGCGUAUCCGAAGCGGAUGCAUAUUUGCAACUUAUGAUAGAACAAACAAACACAAUCGAAAGACGUAUCAACGAUAUAGCUGAUCCUGAUGAAAAGACCAAAUGCAAAGUAUUACAGGAUAAUGCGAGUGCUAUGCUGGACCACAUAAAACACUCGAUUGUCAGCCUACAAAUUGCCAAGAACAUGGCACAUCCUAUUAAUGGCAUUUAUAAUGGACCCACAAAUGUGUCGACAAAGAACAACCUCGAAACUUCGGUCACCGCCACACCCACAUCGUUAGCAAGUUUGAAUAUUCUUAAAUCUGGACUAGGUGAAGACGAAGAUGAUUCCGUAACUGAUAAUUUGACAACAGCUCCACUAGCCAUGGUUGUUGUGCCGGAAACAUCGUAUUCAAGUAGUGAAGGUGAAGAAGAUUUUUAUGAUGCCAACGAUGAUCCAUUUACCAGCAUUGCCAGUUCGCCGGUUGGAUGUGCAACCCGGGGAUUUUCGGUGGAUACAUCACCACCGGUUGAAGAAAAACCGCCGGAAAUAAAUUUCUCGACGACAACAGCCGCAUCAACAGCCAAUGUUCCAACAUCAUCAUCACCUUCAGUGCCUGAACAAGAUGAAUAUCAAACAGCAUCCAGUACGUUUAGUGAUUUUGGCAGUGGCGUUGGUGCUGGUAGCGGAGGAGGAGGAGUUGGUGGUGGUGGAAGUGGCAUUACUAACGCUGCAGCCAAUGCUGGCACUGGCAGUCGAGGGAGCUAUAGCGGUGAUGGUAGUGUAGUUAUGGGUAGCAAAAAUUCAUCACUUCGUGAUUCAAUAGACUAUGAUGCCCUGUACGAGGAGGAAGAGGACUCAAGUAUUAGCAUGGAGGCGCAUGGUUCAAUGAUUUCACAUUUGCUAUCACAAGUUAAAAUAGGUAUGGAUUUAACAAAGGUGGUGCUGCCAACAUUCAUAUUGGAAAGAAGAUCCCUUCUCGAAAUGUAUGCCGACUAUUUUGCCCAUCCGGAUUUAUUUCUUAAAAUUGCCGAUUUAGAUAAUCCAAAGGAUCGCAUUGUACAGGUCUGCCGUUGGUAUUUAAGCGCUUAUCAUGCUGGACGUAAAAGUGCUGUGGCUAAGAAACCAUACAAUCCCAUAUUGGGUGAAAUUUUUCAAUGUUAUUGGGAUUUUCCUGGAGAAUCAUCCGAAGAAGAAAAAGUCACCGAUGGACCUGUACCCUGGUGCCGAAGAAAUCAACUUACAUUUCUAGCCGAACAAGUUUCACAUCAUCCGCCAAUAUCUGCAUUUUAUGCCGAACAUUACAAUAAGAAAAUCACAUUCUCUGCCCAUGUUUGGACGAAAUCGAAAUUUCUUGGACUAUCCGUUGGGGUACACAAUAUCGGCGAAGGUGUAGUUACUCUAGUCGAUUAUGGUGAGGAAUACAUUGUGACUUUUCCCAAUGGUUAUGGCAGAUCCAUACUUACAGUGCCCUGGAUAGAGUUGGGCGGUUCAGUGGAAAUAAAAUGCCCCCAAACCGGUUAUUAUGCUAAUGUGGAGUUCUUAACCAAACCAUUUUAUGGUGGUAAACGUAACAAAGUCACUGCUGAGAUUUACUCUCCAAAUGAAAAGAAACCAUUUGUCUCAAUAGCUGGUGAAUGGAGUGGUCUAAUGGAAGCCAAAUGGCACGAUACAAAUAAAACUGAAGUGUUUGUUGAUGUAAAUCGUAUACCAAUAUUUAAGAAACAAGUUCGGCCAAUCGUUGAACAAGAAGAAUAUGAAUCACGACGCGUGUGGAAGGAAGUAACCGCUGGACUCAAAUUCAAUGACAUUGAAAAGGCAACCAAUGCCAAAUGUAAAGUUGAACAAAUACAACGAGAUGAAGCCAAGGCCCGUAAGGAAACUGAGAUUUCAUGGGAUCAUAAGUAUUUCACAGCUGUUGGUGAAAAUUGGAUAUAUACGAAACCGCUCAGUCAACGUCUGUAUCUGCAGGAAAAAGAAGGCCAGAGAUAAUAAAGCGAGUCUCAGAACUAAGCGCUGUUUAUAGAGGAAUGCUAAAUGUUGUAAACAAACAAACACACCAACAACACAUACAUACAUAAGUACAUCGCCCACAACUCUCAGAAUCUAAAACUCGUUCAAGCAACUUGAACAACACCGCCGCUCUUUCUCCCGUUCUCAUAUCACUCUUUGUACGAAUGCCGCCAAACCAAAAACAACAACUAAAAGAUAAAUAUGAAAAGAAAACAAAAACAAAAACAAUGCAACAUGAAGGCAAUUUUGUUUAAGAAGAUAAAAGUUACAAAAAUAUUAUUGCAUUAAAGAUGCAAGGAACACAAAAGACAUUAUCAUCAUUGCUAAACACGAUCAUUUAAAUUAUUAUUGUUAAAAAAAUACUAAAACAAAUUCACAGUAAACAACAAAAGAAAAUCUUUUGAGAACAACAGCAAGGCUAGGCUCCUUUGAUUUUUAUGAAGGACCAAGGCCAAACAUAUUAUCGAAAGUUAUUGUUAACACAACAACAAAAAACAACAACAACAAUAUUAGUAUUAAUGUAAACUACAACAAGAAUUAUAAAUAAAUAUUUAAACUAUAAAUAACUGAAAUGAAAACGAAGCAACAAAUUAAACACAAAUCUGUAAAAUGUUUACACAAUCACACCAACACCACCCACACACAAGCAAACGGUUUACUUUAUAUGAAAAAAAAACAAAUAUUAAUACCUACAACACCCCAGACACCGCCUAUACUAACAAAACUGAAACUGAUUUAGAAAGAAAACCAAUAAAGCUUUUUUUGUAUGCUAAGAACACUUUUCAACACACUU